CAGGGGUCAGCUGGGGUCCACAGCCAGCAGUGAAGGCGACCGUACCGUAGGGUGCACAGGUACGUGCACACACAAUGGCCGUUGUUGUCAGCUCGAUAUCCUCCAGAGCUCUGAGCUGCCAUGGCGGCCAGGUGAAGGUGGUAGCACCGGGAGGGCCGUCGCCUCUACCUUAUUCUACGGUCAAGAUGAGGGGGAUGAGAUGCCUCUACGGCGGCCGCAGAGGGGUGGUCCCCAUCGCAGCCGACGCUUCGGGCCUCCGCACGGUGACGACAGUCAAGGAAAUGAUGCUAUGGCAGAAUACGCGCCACGUGGCGUCAUCACUUACCCGUAGUGAUCAUGAGCAGUUGACAGCUCCUCUUCUUCUUCUUCGAGCUCAUGGCGAUGGCUGCAGGAAACGGAGCGGGAGCGCCCUCCGCUGGUCCGCCGUAGCCCCGGUGAAGGCGAAGAAGGCCGACACUUCUUCCGAUGGUAAAGGAGAAGAGAUCAGCGGCAGCAACCGUGACAGAUCUGCGAGGACGUCUACGGUAGACUACGCGGUGAUUGCUGGGGGGCUAAUCUCACUCCCUGUUGUGGCAUGGUCAUUAUUCACGCUGAAGGCGACUGGAUGUGGGCUGCCGCCCGGACCAGGGGGGUCGCUUGGUGCGCUGGAAGGCAUCAGCUAUCUGGUCGUGGUCGGGAUCGCGGGGUGGUCGCUCCUCGGCAAGCUUAAAGGGACCCCGACGGAGAACGGCCUUGUCAAUGUGAUCGCGACGCUGUCGUACCUCACCCUCCUUGCGGGUGCCGUAGUGUUUGCGCUUCAGCUUCUCGAUUACGGCUUCAUUCCGCCCCCCCUGCCAGGGGAGCAGUGCUUCGGCUGACGUGGCAUAACCCCGGCGCGGUCGUGGCGCGCAGCCUUAUCAUGACGCGGCGGGAAGAGCGCUGCCUUAUGAUGAUUGGUGGCUGGCUUUGGCUUUUCUUGCAGACGCGAUCACUCAGUGCAGUGUGCAUGGUUCAUUAGCUGAAACCCUAAACUCACAGCAUAACUGGAGAUAACCAUAUAUGACCUAAUUGCUCCAACUUGAAGGUGCUGCUUGCUGCUUGCUGCUGCGGCGAAAUACGUAAAUUAAAUUUGCUUUCAACGCAAGCGAAUACCAUAUAUGACCUAAUUGUUCGAAGUUUUUUUUUUUUCUUAAAUUGUUCCAAGUUGAAGGUGCUGCUUGCUGGUGCGCCGAAAUAAAUAAAUUACUGUAAUUAGAUUUCAACACUUUCUCCCUCCUGAUUGAAUUUCGCCCCGGCCAGUAUGUGGAUGGUUGAGGUUUUCGCUUUUCCGCUGUGGAAGAGAACAAGGAGAUAAAUAAAGAUAGUUAUG